CACGAACACGCAGUAGUUGUAGUAAACGCCUUCGCGAAAGACGCGAGAUUUGAAAUCAUGUGUUGUCAAACAGACUUAUCAAAGAACAAUUAAAAUAAAAGAGAAGAAAACAAUAACAGCAUAUUCGUGAGUGUGUGACUUCGAUAAUGGGCUCGAAAUCUUUGUUUUGUGUUAAUUUAUUCUUAUUUCUACUUUCACUUUGCGUUCUGGCGUUGGGACAUGGCAAGCCUGAAAUUCUUUCUGAGUACGAGGAGACCAUUCUUGAAAGUGGAGACAACUUCACGGUGCUAUGUCAGGGACAAACCCCCUUGAGAUGGAGGUGGCCUAUGGUUGAGGAUGAGGAAUACCAAAAGUGGACUACAAUAAGCGAAAUCGAAGUCUUGCCAAAGAAAGCCAACUACAAGUACGCUCGAAAACUUUUCAUUCAGAAUAUUACCUAUCCAUAUACUGGGUUUUAUCAAUGUCUAGACAAAAAUGUUGAGUCUUUUGACGAUAAUGAUGGAAGCAGUAUCUAUCUAUAUGUUAGAGAUCAAGAACACUUGUCGGUUAGCGAUGCAGAAGUGGAGACUGUUACAGUUACUCAGUAUGACGAAGCUGUAAUUCCUUGUAGACCAACUUCACCUGAUGUGGAUGUAAAACUUACUCUCAUCGGUGGAGAAGCGCAACCUAAGUUACUUUUGGGCAUUAUCGACGAAGAAGGAAUUAUGUACCGCUACCACCCCCACUAUGGCGUCAUAACUAACAACACCAAAGACAUCGGAGGGAUCAUUUUCCUUUGCGUCUUCUCUCGAGAUUCCAUACAUUUUAAACGAACAGUGAUUUUGGACGUGGAACAAAUCAAUCACUUUUUGCCCAAACCAUCGAUGAAAGAACUCAGUGGUGGUCAUACGAUAGUGGGCGAUAAACUGAUUUUGGAAUGUAGGAUAAGGUCGUCGACUUAUGUCAAUAUCGUCUGGACGACGCCUACUGGACCACCUGAUUCCAACCGUAUGUCGUUAUCAACUCAACAGAAGAUUCCUGGACAAACAAUUCUUACUCAGAAUCUUACCAUCAAUGAAACUAUUUUGAAAGAUAAAGGUAUGUUCUACUGCAACGUUAGCGACAACCAAAACCACGCCAGUUUGGGAAGCUUGAAUGUUACGGUUUAUGCUCCCACAGAACAUUUUAUCAAUUUAACGGAAGAUAACAAUGUCUACACUAUUUCGGCAAUGGCAGGUGAUGAUGCCGUGGUGUGGCGUAUCAACGUCGACGGCCACCCAGAGCCCAAACUUUUCUGGUUAAAUAACAGGAACGAAACUAUUAUACCGAUGACGUCAGACAAAUACGAUGUAACCUUUUCUGCGACAGAUGCUGUUAUAAAAAUCAAAGAUAUAUCCAUAACAGAUUAUGGUAACUACACUCUGUUAGCGGAAAAUGGUUAUGAAAAUGAUACUAUAUCUCUGUUUCUCAACGUGACGGAUAAACCUCUUGUGCAUUUAGAAGGUAGUACCUAUCACAUGGUGAAUGAAAAAGACACGAUUAAGUGUAUAGUGGCCGCUUAUCCUCCCGCAACGAUUUACUGGUCGUUUAAACCUUGUUCAGAUAACUCCUGUACAUUUCAUAUGAUGAAUGAAACCCGCUCGUUUAAAAAAGGACUACAGGUCAUCUCCUCUCUAGAAAUCAAAUCUUUAAAUACAGGUUACGUUAAGUGCUUGGCUGUGAAUUCAAUUGGUGAAGAUAGUGCUGUAAACGCGUAUUAUGUGACUGAUGUCAAAAAUGGUUUUGAUAUAUUUGGUUUUGAUCCUACCGUUAACGUGGACCUACAAAAAAACACGAUAGAAGUAGCAGUUGGAGAGUCAAUGAAUGUGAUAUGUGGAGUUUCGGUGCACAAUUACACGUCAGACUUAAAGUGGAUACGCAACAACCAGCUAAUGAAAUAUGGCGAUAGGUACAGAAUUGAUAAAAGUCGUACCGAAUACACAAAUCGCGCUGUACUGAAUUUGGAAAAAGUUCAGUCUGCUGAUACCGGUACUUACAGUUGUCAAGUUAAACGAAAAGAUGGGAAGUCGCUUUUCAAGAACAUGACUUUAAUAGUUUCAGAGCUAUCUAAACCCGUGAUUGUAAGUACCAACCUAAAGAAAGAUAUGGAGUUGAGACUACCUAACAGUGUCGAAUUCUACUGCAAAGUGAAAGGUGUGCCAAAACCCGUAAUUCUUUGGUACAGAAACAACGAAAAGUUGCACCCUUCUAACAGAACGCACUUUAAAAAUGACGGCCAAUACAUGAACAUUGUUUCCCUCGACUUCAAAGAUGAAGGUGCUUACAAGUGUGAGGUUUCGAAUAAAGCGGGGAGAGUUUCGAGAGAAGUAAAUUUGAAAUUUAAAAACAAACCAGAUACAAAUAACUUGUACCUAUGGAUAACGAUCGUCGUUUUAUGCAUGUUAGCAUUCCUAUUUUGUAUCGGUAUGACGAUAAAAAUACGAAACGAGAAAAAACUUCAAAGAGAACUAAGAAUAGCUGGUUUAGCAAAUUUCGAGAAGGGGGCUAUUGAAAGUUUAAACCCAGACCUGGCUAUUGAUGACCAAGCCGAACUUUUACCAUACGACAAAAAAUGGGAGUUUCCUAUCGAAAAAUUAAAAUUAGGUAAACAGCUAGGUUCAGGAGCUUUCGGCGUAGUGAUGAAGGGAGUAGCGAAAGGUAUAGUAGACGGUGAAGAAAGUACCACGGUGGCUGUAAAAAUGGUGAAAAAGAAUGCUGAUCAUACGUACAUUAAAGCGUUAGCUUCUGAAUUGAAGAUCAUGGUACAUUUGGGCAAACACUUAAACGUCGUUAAUUUACUCGGGGCCUGUACCAAAAACGUUGCAAAAAGAGAACUACUCGUCAUUGUAGAGUUUUGUCGUUUUGGAAAUAUUCAAAACUAUCUGUUGCGCCACAGAGAAAAUUUUAUUGACCAAGUCGAUCCGAAAACUUGCCACAUUGACUACACUAUUGGACAAGAAGAGUUAGAAAGAACAUAUUCCGUUUCUAGUAACAGAAGUAAUUCUCAGUCGCCAUAUAUGAAAUACGCAGCACUUUCAUUUUCACAAAAUAGUGGCCCUCCAGUGGCCCACAUGGUGGAUUAUAGAGGAAACAAUUAUAACGGUGCUACUGGCAAAACGGACAUCACAAUGGUUUCCAUGUCACCAAGUUCAGGUGACGACGAAGUUAUUCUUAGCAACAACAGCAGCGUUCAACCAGAAUGGCGUUCCAACUACCAUGGGGACUACAAAGGAAACAUUAAACCAAUCUGUACCAAAGACCUCCUGGCUUGGGCUUUUCAAGUUUCCAGAGGAAUGGAAUAUUUAGCUUCGCGCAGAGUCCUUCAUGGUGAUUUGGCGGCCAGAAAUAUUCUCCUAGCGGACCAUAACGUGGUCAAAAUUUGCGACUUUGGUCUGGCCAAAAGUAUGUACAAAAGCGACAACUACAAGAAGAAGGGAGACGGACCUCUACCCGUGAAGUGGAUGGCAAUCGAAUCCAUCCGGGAUAAAGUCUUCUCGACCCAGUCAGACGUCUGGUCUUUCGGUAUAGUCCUCUGGGAAUUUUUCUCACUAGCGAGAACCCCUUACCCGGGAAUGGAAGCCGACGAACGACUGUACAACAAACUCCUAGAUGGCUACAGAAUGGAGUCCCCUGAAUAUUCACCCAAAGAAAUCUACAAAAUGAUGUUAGACUGCUGGCACGCCAAACCCAUCAACCGACCCUCUUUCAGUAAACUCUCGGAACGCAUAGGAUCUCUCCUGGAAGACACAGUCAGAAAACACUACAUCGACUUGAACGACCCCUAUUUGGUGAUGAACACUCAGAGACUCGAAGAAGGUCACAGCGACUACCUCGCGAUGUUGAGUCCUCCAAACUUCGAGAACCUUUCUUCUCCUCGUAACUACGUCAACGAUUUGGCACCAAGCGACGACACUUCAGGCUACCUCAGCAUGAACUCGGCUCACAUCUUCAGUCCGAGAGCUGACGAAGACCGAGUUUUUAGUUUUGACGUUUCUGGUAAAACGAACAAAAGGUCGGAAGAAGGCACGGGAAAUGAGCUUAUUCCGAUGUUGCGAAUACAGAGCGAAUCAGACGGUGACAGUUCGAGUUGCAACAGUCCCGUGGCGCCUAACAGUUUUUCGAAUCCUUCUUAUCAUUUGCCGCCUAUAGUGGAACGGGAUCAAGUGAUCUCGGAUAAGGAUAUCGUGAAAUCGUCGGAUAAUUAUGUGAAUAUGCCGCAGAACAAAACUGUGUUGAGGGAUAGUAAUCCGUUUUUGAGCAAAGUGGAAAAGAACGGGAAAGACAAUAAUUAUGUUAAUAGUAACAGUAGGGACUGGGAGAGCGUGAAGUUAUGAAUAAAUCAGAAUAUUCUCAUUGAGGAGUUGCUGCGUCAAACAAAUAAGUGUAUUUAAAGUACAAAAUAUUAAUAUUAUCGUGAUAUUUAACGUAAAACACGUUAGUAUUAAAGUCACGUUUGUCAUUAAAUGUUGUGCCAAAGAUUUUAUAAUGCUUCAAAUCUUUAAAAAACCUAUUAAAUAUUUUAGGUUUUACCGACCUAUUUUGUAUGUGUAUACUAAGAAUAAAAAGAUAAACGCUUUAA